GUUCAAAAUGAGACAGUCAGUCAAUACAUUUGAGGAUAGCGAUGAGUUUUCAGACAUGAAAUUUGGAGAAGACAGUGAUUUGGAGGAAGACAGACAAGAUAUGAGAUAUUCAGGUUCUAAGCCACAAAGCCCAGAAGAUGAAUAUGAUGAUGAAGGGAUCCAAGGACUCCUUACGUCCCACAAGAACUCAUUUGCAGCUGAAAUAAAACGACUCUAUUCUUCUAGAAAAUGAAGAUAUUAUUACAUUGCUUUUGGCAUCCUUGCUACAAUCAUGGUGACUUGGAUCCUUCUGGUUGGAUCAAGGGUCCAUCAAAGUAAAUUAUUCAUCUUCGCAGAAGUAUUCAUCAACGUUAGCUUGCUGAUGGAUUUUAUGUUAAAACUUUACAUAACUGGACCAAUGAAAUACUUCACAUCAUGAGCAAAUAUUUUUGAUUCAGCUGUUGUAGUAAGCUGAGUAACUACAUUUAUCAUAAUGAUGUGCACUUCUUCCGUCUCAAUCCUUACAUUGGAGGAGGUGAUAGAAGAUAUGCUAUUUCUCCUCUGGUGUGCACUACAGUAUCUCAGAAUCAUCAUGUUUUUCAAACAUCAAAAAGACGCUGAGGAUAGAUCUCAAAGGCUGGAUAUCAAGCAUUUCUAUGCUGAUUCAAUUCAAAAUAAAGAGGAAAAGAUUUUCAUUGAUGACAUCGAGUUCAACAAGGAAAGAGACUCUGAUGGUUCUAUCGGUGAAUUUUUCAAAAAUAAGCUUAAUUCCAGAGAGAAACGUUCCUCCAGCACUGAAGAAGGCUACAACUCUCGUGGUAGAGACAAGCAGAAGCUUAAAAGCCUCGAUGAUAACAGCAUCAAAUAUUCAGAUAAUUUUUAGGCAGUAGAAGUAGGGAUGAGUUCACCAUUA